AUGGCUGGCCUAUCCCGUCGCAAAAUGGCUCCACUCGCACUACUCCUCCUUGUGCUUCUCGGCCCAGGUAUCACCACCCCUGUAUUCGCAGCACCAACCAAUCCUCCAACAACGCAUUUAUGCAGCGAGGCUAUAAAUGGCCUAGUCGGCGUCAUCGUGGCUGUGACGAUGAUCCUGACCACGUUCGCUAAAUCGCCCAGUCUACGCAGAACCCUCAUAAUAUUCCACCGCCCGGAAGUACUACUAGCUGGCAAUUGCGAUCAAAUUUCCGCCAGACCUGGGGCUAUUGUUGAUCUACUUCCUUUGACUGUUUUCGAGAAUUGA